UCGAUAGUUCUAUAAUAAAGUGUUUGUGACAGUUAUAGCAGGUUUGUGAGGUCAUAAUGACGUUUUAUAAAGUCAACUUUAUCGCUGCAUUGAUGGCGUCAUUAUUUGCUUUAUCUUCUCAGAAAGAUGGGUCUUGCCUUGCAUUGAAAUGUGCCCAUGGUAAAAUAUACGAUGAAUUCAGUGGUCGAUGUGUCUGUACGUGUAGAAGGGGUUACAUCCUUGCGUUAAACGGGCAUUCGUGUGUUAGAGUCCGGUUUGGUGAAUGGUCAAGUUGGAGUUCAUGCAUUGUAUCUGAGUGGGGUGGGGUGCAACACAGAGGACGACUUUGUAAGACCAAGUUAGGAAGAUCUGCGAAUAAUAGAUGUGUGGGUGCUGGUAGCCAAUCAAGAUCGUGUUCAAAAGUUACCAGUGAUUUUCGAAUUCGUAAAAACCUCUUGGAUCUGACCGAUGAAGAACUUCAUGAUUUCAUUCAAGGAUUCACUAAAUUUAAACAAGAUCAUUCGCUCUUUGGAUAUCUUAGUACAGCUUAUUGGCAUGGAUGGCCUUCUAAAUGCCCAUGGUAUAAACAUGGCAUUAAAGGCCAUAAAAAUGGUCAUUGCAGUUGGCAUCAUCAUCCUAUGUUUCUACCAUGGCAUAGACUGAUCAUGGUGCAAUUAGAACUUGGUUUAUCUCGUCACAUGAAAAACAAAACGCUUGGAAUUCCUUACUGGGAUUGGACGGAUCCUAUUUACAAAGGACUUCCAGAUUUAGUGAAGAACCCAACCAUUUAUGAUCCCAUAUUGAAGAAAUAUGUUCCCAAUCCAUUUUACAGAACUUAUAUACCGAGUCACGCACCAGUUAACAAUAAAACACUAUAUAAUUAUCGCUUGGUGGUGAAAGCUGGGUAUACAAAGAACCAUCUGAUGCUAACCAACGUCAUAGAAGCUCUGAAUAUGCCGAAUUAUAAAAAGUUUGAUUUCACUUCUGUUCACUCACAUGAUGACAUCCACAAUUGUGUUUGUGAUGCAUUUAACAAAAUUGGAGUAAACUGCACAUACAGUAUGGUCACCACUGACUUUGCUGCAUUUGAUGCCUUGUUUUUCCUGCACCAUAGUCAAAUGGAUCGAUUGUUUGCACUUUUUGCUCACUUGAGGGAGCUGCUGGGUCAACAGGAUUGGACGAAAGCAAGUUUCCUGCAAGCUUAUAAGAAUGCACCUGAGUUUGAUUUCUUUAACCGUUCUGAUGUUUCUGGGUCGUGGGAUUGGCCGAUGUCUCCGUUUUGUAACGCUUCAAUGAACCCAAGUUACGUCACGUUAAACAAAGACUCGUGGACCGUCGGCAAUUCUUAUUAUUACCAAGAAUUGUUUGGGUAUAAGUACGACACGUUUGAUCUUGCUAGGAGAGAUUGGAAACUUCUUCUCAAAGAUUUAAAGUGUUCGUUUAACAGCAACAACUUCGGGCAUCCAUCUCCUUUCAUAUCAAAGUUAGGGGAAGGUCUUGGUAUUAUUUAUAAAACAAAAGAAAAAUUCACGUUUUCAUGCACAACUUAACUCUAACCAAACUUUUAUUUUACUUUAGUAAAAGCUUGGGCUUUUAUAGUGAAGUUGAUUUGUUUUAAGGACAGAAAGUAUGUUCUAUUUUAUCUUAAAAUAUUUGUAAACAAGCUAUGUUUUGAAAUCGAACUAUAUUCUAGUUACGUGUGGAUGUGCUGAAACAAAGAAAUGGAGUUGUUUUUAA